AUGGCCAGCAUGCAAGGCUGGCGAGUUGAUAUGGAAGACGCGCAUGUAGUAGAGGUGUCUAUGGCAGAUCGGGAGCCGUAUAAAGACUGGUCAUUUUUCGCUGUAUUUGACGGACAUGCAGGAAAUGUUGCAGCAGAUGAUGCUGCUGAAAACAUCAUGAAAACCCUCAUGGAAACUCCACAAUUUGAGAAGGUCACGGAAGAAUUGAAAUCUAAUGGCGGUGUUCUGUGCGAGAAAUCCAUCAUACUACUUGAGGAUGGAAUCAAGGCUGGCUUCCUCAAGUUGGACGAAAAUAUCCGUACCAGGCUAGACUCGGACCGCAGUGGUUCAACAGCUGUCUGCGCCAUGAUUACUCCAACGCACAUCAUUAUUGCAAAUCUUGGCGACUCCCGAGCGGUAGUUUCGCGCAAAGAUGAGGGAUCGUUCGGUACGGAAGAUCAUAAGCCUUACCACGACAAGGAACGAGAGCGAAUUGUUGGUGCGGGCGGAUCAGUAAUGAUUCAGAGAAUUAAUGGCAGCUUGGCAGUUAGCAGAGCGCUAGGAGACUUUGAGUACAAGAACGUUCCUGGCUUGGAACCCAACAAACAACUUGUGUCCCCUGAACCAGAUGUAGCGCUAGGAGACUUUGAGUACAAGAACGUUCCUGGCUUGGAACCCAACAAACAACUUGUGUCCCCUGAACCAGAUGUGUAUGUGCUUGAAAGGCAAAAGGACAAAGAUGAGUUUUUGGUUGUUGCUUGUGAUGGAAUCUAUGACGUCAUGGAAAAUGAAGAACUUUGUCGAUUUGUUGAAAGUCGGCUCCAUGUCUGUGAUGAUUUGAAUCAGGUGCUUGAUGCUUGUUUGAGUAAAGGAUCUCGAGAUAACAUGACAAUGAUUGUGGUUUGUUUCGAAGCUGCUCCGUCAAUUGAUAAGGAGAAAGUCGCUUCCGAACAGAUAUGGAAGGCACAGAUGCUAGCGUCAAUCAAUGAUGUGAUUGCGGAAGAAACAUCAAAACCGGGAUGGAGUGAAAAUGAUGAAAUGAGUAUCGAAUUCAUUCUACGAGAGUUAGCACAACGAAAUUUGUCUUCUGGAGGCGGCCCCGCACAUAUGUUACGUUCGCUUGCUGAUCAGGUCUUAACGGAGAAGGGAAUCAAACACGACUAG